AGCAGGUUAUGUCCAUGGUUUUAUACCACCUCCAGCCAUGGACCUUUUGAAAAUACUUUGUCUUUUAAUCUUCCUGGGGAAAAGUUGGAGUCAGGAACAAACCUACGUUAUUUCAGCACCAAAAGUACUUCAUGUUGGAGCAUCUGAAAAUAUUGUGAUUCAAGUUUAUGGAUACACUGAAGCAUUUGAUGCAACAGUCUCUAUUAAAAGUUAUCCUGAUAAAAAAAUUAGUUACUCUUCAAGUUAUGUUAUUUUAACUCCAGAAGAUAAAUUCCAAAGCUCUGCAAUAUUAAGUAUACAUCCCAAACAACUGUCUGGAGAACAAGGCUCUGUUUCAUAUGUGUAUUUGGAAGUCGUAUCAAAGCAUUUUUCAAAAUCAAAAAAAAUGCCAAUAAGCUAUGACAAUGGAUAUCUCUUCGUUCAUACAGACAAACCUGUUUACACUCCACACCAGUCAGUAAAGGUUAGAGUUUAUUCACUGGAUGAUGAGUUGAAGCCAGCCAAAAGAGAAACUGUUUUAACUUUCAUAGAUCCCCAAGGAUCAGAAGUUGACAUAGUAGAAGAAAAGGAUUAUACUGGGAUUAUCUCUUUUCCUGACUUCAAGAUUCCAUCCAAUCCUAUAUAUGGUGUGUGGACAAUUAAAGCUAAAUAUAAAGAGGACUUUUCGACAGCUGGAACCACAUACUUUGAAAUUAAAGAAUAUGUCUUGCCACAUUUUUCUGUAUCAAUAGAACCAGAAGGCAAUUUCAUUGGUUACAAGAACUUUAAGAAUUUUGGGAUUACUAUAAAAGCAAGAUAUUUCUAUAAUAAAGUAGUCACUGAGGCUGAAGUUUAUAUCUAUUUUGGAAUAAGAGAAGAUAUAAAAGAUGGUCAAAAAGAAAUGAUGCCAAAGGCAAUGCAGAACACCAAGUUGAUAAAUGGAAUUGCUCAUAUCACAUUUGAUUCUGAAACGGCAGUUAAAGAGCUGUCAUAUGACAGUCUAGAAGAUUUAAACAACAAGUACCUUUAUAUUGCUGUAACAGUCAUAGAGUCUACAGGUGGAUUUUCUGAAGAGGCAGAAGUACCUGGCGUCAACUAUGUUCUCUCUCCCUACAAGCUGAACUUGGUUGCUACUCCUCUUUUCUUGAAGCCUGGGAUUCCAUAUUCUAUCAAGGUGCAGGUUAAGGAUUCUCUGGACCAGUUGGUAGGCGGGGUCCCUGUAACCCUGAAUGCACAAACCAUUGAUGCAAACCAAGAGAUGGCCGACUUGGAACCACAGAAGAGCAUCACACGUCUCAGUGAUGGAGUAGCCUCGUUUGUGGUUAACCUCCCAUCUGGAGUGACAACACUGGAGUUUGAUGUCAAAACUAAUGACCCAGAUCUUCCAGAAGAAAAUCAGGCCAGCAGAAAUUACCAAGCAAUCACAUACUCAUCACUCAGCCAAAGUUACCUUUAUAUUGAUUGGACUGGAAACUAUAAGCCUCUGCUAGUAGGAGAACAUCUGAAUAUUAUUGUUACUCCCAAAAGUCCGUAUAUUGACAAAAUAACUCACUACAAUUUCUUGAUUUUAUCCAGGGGCAAAAUUGUACACUUUGGCACAAGAGAGAAGAUUCUAGAUUCAACUUAUCAAAGUAUAAACAUCCCAGUGACUCAGAACAUGGUUCCUUCCGCUCGACUUCUGGUCUAUUACAUCGUCACAGGAGAGCAGACUGCAGAAUUAGUGUCCGACUCGGUCUGGUUAAAUAUUGAAGAGAAGUGUGACAAUCAGCUCCAGGUUCGUCUGUCUCCAGAUGCCGAUACAUAUUCUCCAGGCCAAGACGUGUCUCUUAACUUGGCAACUGAGCAAGAGUCGUGGGUGGCAGUCACAGCAGUGGACAGGGCUGUGUAUGGAGUCCAAGGAAGAGCCAGAAAGCCCAUGGAAAGGGCGUUCCAAGCUCUAGAGAAGAGUGACCUGGGCUGUGGGGCCGGUGGCGGCCGAGACAAUGCAGAUGUGUUUCAUCUGGCUGGACUCACCUUCCUCACCAAUGCGAAUGCAGAGGACUCCCAAGACUAUGAUAAACCUUGUAAAGAAAUUCUCAGGCCAAGAAGAGAUCUGCAACAGAAAAUAAAGGAACAAGCUGAUAAAUACAAACAUCCCGUGCCAAAGAAGUGUUGCUAUGAUGGAGCCCGUCGUAAUGAUGAUGAAACCUGCGAGCAGCGGGUUGCACGGAUUACUGUAGGCCCAUUCUGUAUCAGAGCUUUCAAUGAAUGUUGUAUCAUCGCAAAACAGUAUCGAGAUGCAGAUCCUCAUAAAAAUAUCCAGUUGGGAAGGCUAAAUAUAAAGACCCUGUUACCAGUAAGCAAGCCAGAAAUUCGGAGCUACUUCCCAGAAAGCUGGUUAUGGGAAGUUCAUUUUGUUCCCAAAAGGAAACAGCUGAAGUUUGUGCUCCCUGAUUCUCUAACUACCUGGGAAAUUCAAGGUGUUGGCAUUUCAAAUAGUGGUAUAUGUGUUGCUGAUACCCUCAAGGCUACCGUGUUCAAAGACAUCUUCCUGGAAAUGAACAUCCCUUAUUCUGUUGUGCGAGGGGAGCAGAUCCAAUUGAAGGGAACUGUUUACAACUACAGGACUUCUGGCAUAAUGUUUUGUGUUAAAAUGUCAGCUGAGGAGGGAAUCUGUACCUCAGGAAGCCCAACCAUUGACCCCCAGGGGACAAAGUCCUCCAAAUGUGUGCGCCAAAGAGUAGAGGGCUCCUCCAGUCACUUGGUGACCUUCAGCCUGCUCCCCCUGGAAAUCGGCCUCCACCAAAUCAACUUUUCCCUGGAGACAACGCUUGGAAAAGAAAUUAUAGUAAAAACAUUGCGAGUGGUGCCAGAAGGAGUCAAAAGGGAGAGUUAUGCUGGUGUUACUCUGGACCCUAAGGGAAUUUAUGGUGUCAUUAGCAGACGAAAGGAAUUCCCAUACAGGAUACCAUUAGAUUUGGUCCCCAAAACAAAUGUCAAAAGGAUUUUGAGUGUAAAAGGACUGCUUAUAGGUGAAGUGCUGUCUACUGUCCUGAGUCCAGAAGGCAUUGACCUCCUCACCCACCUCCCCAAGGGGAGUGCAGAGGCAGAGCUCAUGAGCAUUGUCCCUGUAUUCUAUGUUUAUCACUACCUGGAAACAGGAAAUCACUGGAACAUUUUUCAUCCUAACUCACUAACUAAGAAACAGAACCUGAAGAAAAAAAUAAAAGAAGGGAUGGUGAGCAUCAUGUCCUACAAAAAUGCUGACCAUUCUUACAGCAUGUGGAGGGGCGGAAGUGCCAGCACUUGGUUAACAGCUUUUGCUCUAAGAGUACUUGGACAAGUAAAUAAAUAUGUAGAGCAGAACCAAAAUUCCAUUUGUAAUUCUUUACUGUGGCUGGUUGAGCAUUGUCAGUUGGAAAACGGAUCUUUUAAGGAAAAUUCUCAGUAUCAACCAAUAAAAUUACAGGGUACGUUGCCUGUGGAGGCUGGACAGAACACCUUGUAUCUCACAGCCUUUGUUGUCAUUGGGAUUAGAAAGGCUUUUGACAUUUGCUCCCUGCUGAAAAUCAACACAGCCCUAGAAAAAGCGGACUCCUUCCUGCUUGAAAAUGCCCUCCCGCCCCAGAACACCUUUACCCUGGCCAUUGUGGCCUAUGCUCUUUCCCUGGGAGAUAAAACACACCCAAGGUUUCGUUUAAUUACUUCAGCCUUAAAGAGAGAAGCUGUGGUUAAAGGUAAUCCACCCAUUUACCGCUUUUGGAAAGACAAUCUCCAGCGUAGAGACAGCUCCACACCUAACACGGGCACGGCAGGUAUGGUGGAAACCACCGCCUACGCCUUGCUCACCAGCCUCAGCCUGAAAGACAUGAAUUAUGUCAAACCCAUCAUCAAAUGGCUAGCGGAGGAGCAGAGGUACGGAGGCGGCUUCUACUCCACCCAGGAUACAAUCAAUGCCAUCGAGGGCCUGACAGAAUAUUCACUCCUGGUUAAACAACUCCAAUUGAAUAUGGACAUCAAUGUCUCCUACAAGCACAAAGGGGACUUCCACCAUUACAAGGUGACCGAAAAGAAUUUCCUUGGGAGGCCAGUAGAGGUGCCUCUCAAUGAUGACCUUGUCAUCAGUACAGGAUUUAGCAAUGGCCUGGCUACAGUACAUGUAAAAACGAUAGUCCAUAAAACCAGCACCUCUGAGGAAGUUUGCAGCUUUUAUUUGAAAAUUGAUACCCAGGAUAUUGAAGCAUCCAGCUACAGUGACUUCCGUGACUCAGGAUACAAGCGCAUUGUAGCCUGUGCCAGCUACAAGCCCAGCAAGGAGGAAUCAUCAUCCGGGUCCUCCCAUGCAGUGAUGGACAUCUCCUUGCCCACUGGCAUCGGUGCAAACCAAGAAGAUUUACAAGCUCUUGUGGAAGGGGUAGAUCAACUAUUGACUGAUUACCAAAUCAAAGAUGGACAUGUCAUUCUACAGCUGAAUUCGAUUCCCUCCAGCGAUUUCCUUUGUGUCCGAUUCCGGAUAUUUGAACUUUUCGAAGUUGGGUUUCUGAAUCCUGCCACUUUUACAGUGUAUGAAUAUCACAGACCAGAUAAACAGUGCACCAUGUUUUACAGCACCUCAUACACCAAACUCCAAAAAGUUUGUGAAGGACCAAUGUGCAAGUGCAUAGAAGCUGACUGUGGGCAAAUUCAGGAAGAUUUGGAUCUGACGAUCUCUGCAGAGACUAGGAAAGCAACGGCAUGUAAACCAGAGAUUGCAUAUGCUUACAAAGUUAGCAUCACAUCCGUCACGGAAGACAACGUUUUUGUCAGGUACUCAGCAACUCUCCUAGAUGUCUACAAAGCAGGAGAAGCCGUCGCUGAGAAAGGGUCUGAAAUCACCUUCAUCAAAAAGACCACCUGUGCUAAUGCAGACCUGGUAAAAGGAAGACAGUAUUUAAUUAUGGGUAAAGAAGCCCUGCAGAUAAAAUACAAUUUCAGCUUCAAGUACAUCUACCCAUUAGACUCCUCAACCUGGAUUGAAUAUUGGCCUACAGACACGUCAUGUCCAUCAUGCCAAGCAUUUAUAGCUAACCUAGAUGAGUUUGCUGAAGACAUCUUUUUAAAUGGCUGUGAAAACGCCUGAAGAGGUCCAACUGCGUGGAAUUUUGGUGUAUGGACUCCUGUUGCUAAAAUUACACCUUUUUUUUUUAAACCUUCACAGCUGGUCUUAUUUGGAAAGCCCACUUUCCUUUAGAAUUAGUGGUGCUGGCUUUUAUUAGAGUACACGUUGAAGAGCUGGAGGUUUCUGAAAUAACAUGACCUUGGCGGGGGGUAGGAAGAGAGAUCCUCCCAAGUUAUUGGACACCAGAAGCAAUAAACUGGCACACUUCCUAAAACCUACCACUCAGGAAUGUUUGCUGGGGCCAAAAGAAUAGCCCCAUCGAAGUGGAGUAUCUUAUGAAAACAUGGCCUUUGCUUGAAAGAAAAUACCAAGGAGCAUGAAACUGAUCAUUAAAACUUAACUUUCCUUUCAAAAUGUAC